CGGCGACUGGCCACACAUCUUUGUGUGCCCGCCCUGAGAGGCGGGGUUCACCACACUGAGAAAAGCAAAAGGCCUGGCACCACUGGCACCACUGGCACCAACUGGCACCAACCGUCAAACUUCUUUUUGCCUGCUGUCCAGAAUCCGCGCGAAGUCCGACCCUGUCGUGUCGUUCCAUUUUUCCAUCCCUCUCCCUCCCUUUCCGAAUCUCGGUGCUCGCUCGCUCGCUCUCUUCCACCCCCUCCCUUCCCCACGGCUAUCUGUCGAGUGCUCCUUCUUUGCCCCAUACCCUAGCGACAUCACUUGCCAGGAUGCACUGUCUGUGGUGCACGGUCCCCCCGGUCUCGAAUUGCGCCAGCUGAGCCCUCGCUAAAUGCCAUCCGCGAUGCCAAGGGUGGUGCUCGACAAGAUUUUCGGUUCAUAACUGCAUUGAGGUUGACCGACUGACUGACUGCCUUCUGGUACCCCGUGGUAUUUAAGGAGGCAAACAGAUCGAGCGCUAUUACCGUCACAAUUCACGCACAGUCCUCCCAAGUAUCAUGACUCCAACAGCACAUGGUUCGUCGUCUUCUACCUGUGUGCUCAGUGGCUCACGGCAUCCUCCCUCGUUCUCAUUGACUACGGAUGCAUUUGCCUCUGAGGCUAUGUACGCCCAUCCAACAACCCAGAUACCAGCCCCGGGAAGUCUUGACGGCCAACACCGUCCUUCAUAUUUCUCGGCUCCUGCUGGUCAGUCCCAAAGUCCCAGACAUUGGCCUCCUUCACCAUUUCCUCCUUUACACGUUGCACCUCAUUCUCGUCCUGUGACUGGGCAUGGUUCUGAAAACGAUUCUGCCUUUUCUCCUUCGUCUCAACCAUCCGGGUACAGUGCUCCGACCCACAGCCCAGGGACUAGCACUUUCAGCGACAGAAGGCGGUCAUACGACCCUUCACCAUUCCAAGCCUCAUUCAACGAACUUCACGAACCAAUGGCUCAAUCUAGACCAAUGGCUUCCAGUCCAGUAUCUGAUGCUUUGCCUGACGCUGCUGCUCCUUCGACUGUUCCAGCCACAGAGUCACCAGCUAUACCCGACGCAGUUCCGAACGUGGACGCAAACCACCUCCCGCGUAUUGUCAACCCUGCCAGGCGGUGUCACCUGCACAUCAGACAGCAGCCUAGAGCCGCGCGCGCUGGACCGGAUGGGAAAGAUCGAAGAGCAGUUGAUCCGCCACCGGUCGUGCAGUUGCUGAUGGAUGACUUUGAUCCUGAUAACGAGGUUGACGUAGCCGAGCUCAGAUCCCCCUUCUGGGUUGUGCACUGCCGCUUGGUGGGAGCAGUCGCUGUGAACUCGGACGUGAGCACGCAGUCCUAUUACACUGACGAAGGGCAAAAGGAAGUGCAACGCCUACUCCUAGGCACGAGUGUGGCGAGUCCUACUCAUACUGCUGAUGACCCUGAUCCGCCCACGAUGCCCACCCAUCCCGUUACAAGACGAGGGGCGUCCCCACCAUCCAGUCCUACGUCGAGGUUUUUGCCAUCCCAGCCUCGCCGGAGACUGCUGCCAAGAGCUCCGCAGAACAUCCCAGGCGCAUUCUUUAUCUUUGCCGACCUCUCCCUCCGCCGAGCGGGGGAAUACCGGUUACAAUUUACAUUGAUGAAGAUGGAGCCUCCGUUGCUGAAGGUGGGUGCAACGGUGCCUGCCCACCAUGUUGUCACCAGCCAAGUCUUUCGGGCUGUCAACGCAAAGGAUUUCGACCAGGUCCAGCCUAGCACCAACUUGGUACGAGGACUCAUUGAUCGAGGUGCAGGAUUCCCUCUCAAACUGAAGAAGGGGAUCCGAGAGGGCCAAAGACGAAGAAAACAAUGGGAUGAGUAUUCUGAUGAAGAAGAUUCCGGUGACUACGACAAUGAAAAUGAAUGAAAGCAGGGUGUAUUCGCGCCGGCAGUGAAUGCCAUGAGUCAGUCGACCUCGUUGUGAGGGUGUGUGAGAAAGGCCCCUGGGCGGGAAGGUGUUGACGGACAGUGGUGGUCUACGAUGGAACGAAUACUGGUAUUUUCAAUACGUGACAUACCUUUGCCUUUGGGAUCCUAGGUAAUGAGAUAUGGGCAAUCAGGAGCCCCGAAAGUAACAGCUAAAAGUACAAUGGAUUCUCCGAGGAAGUUCGGAAUACAUUCGACCGCGACCGCGACCGCGACACGAGACAAGGCGACGGAGAGAGGUGGAAGAUGGGUGGCAAGGUCAGUUUACUUUGUCAAGCAUGCAAGACGCAGGACUGGCAGCUGCUCCGGGCCGAGUUUUUUUUUUUUGCUCUUCUUUUUGUUGUUCUUUCACAGGGUAAACGAGCAGUGCAUGGAGUUAGAGGAGUAAGAUAGGGGCUAGGGCCUGGAGCCUGGGAGCUGGUGGACAAGCCUGUCAUCCCACUGGAGUACAGCACAAGGGAUGUAGGGGGAAACCGGAACGUCGGCACCAAGACUGGGAAAGUGCAAGAGAGAAAGAGAGAGAGAGAGAGAGAGACAGCCACGCGAGAAGCCGUCAGAGGUAUCCAAACUGUUGGGUUCUGUGUCCAACAAGCAUUGGACCGGCUUGUGUUGCUGGUGUCGCUGGCCGUGCUGGCCGUGCUGGCCGUGCUACGGUAAGGCGACGGGGAGGCGGUCUCAAUGUCAAGCACUUCUGGAUAUCGACGGUCGGACAGCAUGAUCGUGCAGCGGCGGAAGCAAAGGAACAAAAAGGAAGCGAUUGAUGCAGUAAUAUGGAGUCUCUCUUGGGUGCGCCCUAAGAAAUCGGGCAGAUUCUGGCGAGGAGGAAUGUGCGCAUGUACGAAGCAUGUUCUUUAGUCUGUCCUCAUGCCACCAAUACAAUAACAAGAUGUCCU